GGCGCGGCGCGGCAGCGGGCGGGGGAGCGAUGCGCGCCGCGGCCUCACGGGCGGGAAAUUUCUUCCGGGGUGCGGCCCGCUCGGGGGGUUUCGCUUCCGGGACGGUGCUGCGGGCCCUUCCCACCCCCGCCAGGGGAAGGGGGCAAAAAGCUUUCAGACCUUCUUACUACAUCAGAAGAAAAAAGGAAAACAACAAGUUAACAGCCCCGUUUCCUCCCCUUUGCAUGUUACUUGUAACGUUACAGUAAGGUCGUGCGCUUGGAACUGGGACAGCCAUGGAGAAGAGUGGGAACAUUCAGCUAGAGAUUCCCGACUUUAGUAACUCUGUCCUGAGCCACCUGAACCAGUUACGCAUGCAGGGUCGCCUGUGUGACAUCGUGGUCAACGUGCAGGGGCAAGCUUUUCGUGCUCACAAGGUGGUGCUGGCUGCCAGCUCUCCCUACUUCCGUGACCACAUGUCCUUGAACGAAAUGAGCACCGUUUCCAUUUCUGUCAUCAAGAACCCUUCUGUUUUCGAGCAGCUCCUUUCCUUUUGUUAUACCGGUAGGAUAUGUCUGCAGCUGGCUGACAUCAUCAGUUACCUAACGGCCGCCAGUUUCUUGCAGAUGCAGCACAUCAUAGACAAAUGCACGCAGAUUCUUGAGGGAAUUCAUUUCAAAAUCAACGUGGCAGAGGUGGAAGCGGAACUGAGCCAGACCAGGACAAAGCAUCAGGAGAGACCACCGGAGUCUCACCGGGUGACGCCAAACCUGAACCGUUCCCUGAGCCCACGUCACAACACCCCAAAGGGGAGUCGCCUGGGCCAGGUUAGCACAGUGCUGGACAUUCGGGAACUCAGCCCACCUGAGGAGUCCACCAGCCCCCAGAUAAUUGAGCAGAGUUCGGAUGUGGAAGGCAGGGAGCCCAUACUACGGAUUAACAGAGCGGGACAGUGGUACGUUGAGACGGGAAUGGGAGACCAUGGGGGACGGAACGAUGACGACGUCCGGGUGUUGGGAGGAGUACGAAUUAAAACAGAGAACCUGGAGGAGUGGCUCGGGGCAGAGCAUCAGCCAUCAGGAGAAGAUGGGAGCAGCGCUGAGGAGGUCACUGCUAUGGUGAUUGACACCACAGGCCACGGAUCUAUGGGCCAAGAGGCUUAUGCGUUAGGGUCCUCCGGGGCCAAAGUGGUUAGGCCAACCAGCAGUGAGAUUGACAGAUUUAGCCCUUCUGGCAGCAUGGUCGCUGUGACUGAGCGGUACAGAUCAAAAAGCGAGUCUCCCGGGCGGAUGGAUGAGCCCAAGCAGCCCAGUUCCCAGGGGGAGGAAUCGGCCAUGCUUGGAGUGAGCGGUUACGUGGAAUAUCUCCGGGAGCAGGAGGUUUCAGAGCGCUGGUUCCGGUACAACCCACGGCUCACUUGUAUUUACUGCGCCAAGUCCUUCAACCAGAAAGGCAGCCUGGACCGGCACAUGCGUCUCCACAUGGGCAUCACACCUUUUGUCUGCCGCAUGUGUGGGAAGAAGUACACCCGCAAGGAUCAGCUGGAGUACCACAUCCGCAAGCACACAGGCAACAAGCCCUUUCAUUGCCACGUCUGUGGCAAAAGCUUCCCUUUCCAGGCCAUCCUCAACCAGCACUUUCGCAAGAACCACCCUGGCUGUAUGCCUCUGGAGGGGCCUCACAGCAUCUCCCCUGAGACCACCGUCACAUCUCGGGGGCAGGCAGAGGAGGAAUCUCCUCCACAGGAGGAGGCUGUCGCUGUGGGGGAGACGGCACAGGGAUCUGUGUCCACGACAGGGCCAGAUUGAAACACAGCUGCAGAGUCUGGGGAGAAAGGACCGUCUUCCCAUUUUUGGCUCUAAAGAGUCAGCACCAACCUGGCAGGCUGGUACUGUAAUUAGUGCAAUGCCACCACUGGACAGAAAGAAGCUCCCAAGAUGUUGCCAAAAUAGAAAAAUUUCUCUAUCUUUCUCUCUCUUUCUCUCACCCCCCCCCCCCAUACACACACGUAGAGUGUUUAAAGUUUUUCUCCCUUAUUCCUCCUCCUCUUGGAGAAAAACAAAACAACUGUGUCAAUCAACUUCUUAUUCAGGGAUCGACAGGAUUUUAAAUUUUUUUAAUGUUCCAUAGUGAUCUGGGACGAGCAGUCAUUUGUAUUUCUCGACAGCGUUUUGGCCCAGCAGCUAGGUCCUGCCGGCGGUGCCGGCCGUCAGCCAUGCAGAUGCAGCAAGCCUAGCGUGCGGGGCUGCUCCUCGCCAUAUCUGCUGGUCCAGCUCAAGGGGAGAGCAGGGGCAAGGUGCCGUUGCCUUUCUCCCUUGCCCAGGUAGUUGCCACAUUAAAGAAAACAAAAAGACUGUCCUGGUGGAACCUGCCUUGCCCGAGUGUAUUUAUCCCUGUCUUAUUUUUGGUGUGUCUCUUUACGUUUUUACUUAAACUAUUAUUUUAGGGCUUUUGGCUUGCCCGUUCCAGACGUGUGGCCUCAAUGCCCCUUGUUACAAGCGGGCACGGCUAUACAGCGGUAUUCUAGAGGUCAGCAAAAUUUGAAGCACUUCGGCUACUGAACGUGAAAUUUAGCAGCUGUGAGGUUUGCAUUAGACACUGAUGCAUUGGGAGAAGGGUUGGAGGGGUUGUUCCAAGGAGGUUGUCCUUUGCUGUUGCUGAUCUGUAGAGUUCAGAGCACUCUUGACGCCCUGACUGGUGCACUGUUGUGCUUCAGGUGUUGCCGAGCGUUAGGAGUUUUUCUGGACUGGCUGAAUUGCGGAGUUAGAGGCUGGCUACCAAAGUCGUCCUUCACCCCUACUCCCCCCUCGACACGCACUUGAUCUUUUAUAACAGCAAUAUGGUAUACUGAAAUACUACCAUCCCAGCUGAGCAAUCGUGGGUGGUUGCUUUUAAACGUGUUUCUACAAACUGGUUUGAUAACUUUUUUAUCAAUGAAAUGCAAAAAGAAAAGAAAACCCUACUUUAUUUCCUUGUAAAGGUUCAGGAAACUUAAAAGUGAACAGUUCCUAGAGCAAUCACAACUCUGUCCCCUUGCAUGGACUUAAAACUUUUGUAUUCUAAGCAGCUCUGAUGUUUAGAGCAAGUUUAGCAAACCCGGAGAGACAUGCCUGCGUUGUGUAUUGUAGGUGUUUGCACGUGCUUACGUGUUUCAUAAACGGAAAAGCAUGGGACAGGUAGAAAAGUGCAAAUAUCUUGACAUCUUUUGAAGAAGUCUUUAAAAAAUAUGCAAUACUUUAAGAGUUUUCUCUGGUUCUGAUGCCGAGUUGUUCAUGAUGGAGGGGGAAAAUGAAGGACAGGUUGCGCAGAUUGGGUUUGGGAGAGGACAUUUGCUUGAAGGAGUUCUCUUGAGGAUGUAUAACAUGUACAAUAAGGAAAGAUGAAGUUCUGAUCCUUAAGGUGAUGGGAGGAACAAGGAGACAUUGAGCAAGAAAUACGCUUCAUCGUGCUUUGGCAAAGAAAGCCGGGUGAGCGGUUAGAGCACGGGCUUGGCAGGCAGGCGACUUACCGAGUGAAAAUAAAGCUUGCCCCGCAGUCUUAACUGCACAAUUUUGGGCACGUGAGAGCAUCUCCAGCCCUCACUUUCCCCACCUGUAAACUGGGACUCGGGGUCAUUUUCCUGCCUCUUUAAGAGGGAAGAAUUUGUAGUCUUGCCUCACUUUAUAUACUUUUAUAAGUGUGGGGUCUCACUGUUCCUCCCAUCUCUCUCUCAAAAAGCAGAUGUGGCUCUAAUGUUUUUUUUCAUGUGUGUGGGGAAGAGAAGGGCUUGGUGCCAGGAUCACGUGUAACAGGGAUGUGCUCCUAAGAGAGGAACCUUCACAGGUCCUGAGCUGGGCACCUGCAAAGUACGAUUUCAUUGACCAUUUCAAACAGGAAAACUGAUAUUUCACCUCUGUUUUCCUUCUGUCCCUUCUUCCUCCUCUCCUGUCAAGUGCAUCGUCACACAGUGAAUGAUUUUCUAAGCGGCCACCCGAGGGACCAGCCCCAUUGGGUUUCCUGUCGAAGGUCACGCAGGAUUGUACCGAAACAGUAAGGUUGCCAGAGAGCAGUCACGGAAGAUGAGAUAAGAGGGUGGCUAAGGUAGGUUUCGUUGCAAUCGAGGUGCGGGGAGGAGCGGAGAUGUGCAGAGUAUGCUGCUUUAGUCAUAGCUUUUGAAGUUACCAAAAAUCAAAAAGAAAAAAGUUAAAAACUUUGAAAUCCUAUGCUGUUCACACUAGAGAGCAUCAAAAGUUACUUUUAGUUGCUUAAAAGAUUUUUAAGUGUUUUAAAAUAGAAAUUUUAAAAGAAUACUACCGAACUAUAAAAACAUAAAAUUAUUUAUAUACAUAUAUUAUAUAUAAAUAUAGUGGGAAAGUUUCCCUGCUAAGCUUGCUGUGAAGAGAAGGGUGAAGGUGCAGUAACUGCUAUACAAGCAACAUUUUUCUGAAACAGAUGGCAACCGAUCCAUCAAAACGCAGUGAUGAAGGGCUGACAUAAAAUGGUAAAUGCCUUUAUUCAUACGGCAUAGCUGUGAGUUUCUUGAGCAGGUUUUUGGUUUACUGUAUUGAUACUGUGAACGGAGGAGCAUCCUGACAGUCAGGGAUGCCAGCAGUGCGUCCCGUUUUGCUGAUUCACUACUUUCAAUUGGCCUGGUGAAAACCGUGACAUUCGUCCUUCAUAUUGUACUGGGCUAGUCUGAAAACAAAGCUUGUGAAAGGAUUUUGUUUUUUCCUCUUUUAUGUUCUGUUUUGUUUUGUUUUGGGUUUUUUUUUUGGUGCAGAGGUUGCCACUGUAUAAAUGAUCAUUUCUGAUUGCAUGCAAAAGAGCCAAUAUUCUUGCCCAGGCCUCGCUGAGGUGAAGUUUAUAGCUUGUAGCUAGAGUCAGUAUAAGGUAUGGUAGUGGGAAUCAUUUUAAUAUUAUUUCUGUACAUUUAAUGGAUGUUUAUGUGUAUGUAUGUGUGGGAAUCAUGGUGUCUCUAAUGUUUUCUUGAACAGCGCUGAAAGCAGUUUAGGUCCAUCUGCACUAGAAGAUGGAACCAGUUCAGAAGGAAUAGUUUAUUAAACUUUUCUUUCAGUGGUUGACUUCCUCAGUGCAAAUAAGGCCAAGGUUCGAGAAGAAGGGGUUGGAGGUCAUAUACAGUAUGGAAAAACCUCAUGUGAAUUUUCCGGCAGUGGUGUAGCCACUUGGAGCGGCUUUCCGUAACAGAACGGUACCAUCUUUUGUUGCCUCUCCAUUGGCAAACCGGAGCUCUUGACGGUUGCACCGAAGCUGUGGAGAAUCAGAUGCCAACUUUCCAAGUGCGAAUGAUUCUGUGAUGGGUUGAGGCAGAGCUCUGCAUUUCCACGUCUAGCUGCAGCUUUUUCCCCUCUGCCAAAACUGUGAGUUCAACUGUGAUUUAAGGAGGAUGUGAAGAGAACUCUGUUGUAUUUUAAUACCUCUGUAUGUAACUUCUCUGUCUGCUUCAGAGUUAGGGCUUACUAACCCGUUUGUUUGCUUGCCUCAGGCAAGAGGGGGAGCACACUCUGUUUCUGCAGUUUUCUUUCUUGGAGGUGGAACACAUUUCUUAAUUCUUUGCUGUGGCAGAGAAACCUUCCAAAUGUGAAGUGUUGUGGUUAUCUCCUUGAGCCUGCAGAAAGCCCCGGUGCCAAGUCGCAGCAUGGUUGCCGUGGCCGUUCUCUGCUGCUGCCAGGUUCCCUGGGAAUAGCUGUGAAAAUAACAAGAAUUGUGUUAAUACUGUGCUGCUGCUUUCGGGAAAAGCUAAACCUCUUCCUCUCAGGAAGAUGACUGACGUGAAGCUGGGAAAGGGAAAAAGCAGAAGGUCUUUUUGCUCUCUUGCAAUGGGAUUAUGUGAAACCAAACCGUACUUCUUAUUUCCAGCAGCUAGAUAGAGAGGGAUGAGUAAGGAGGCUUUAUGAAAUGUGAAUUUAUAACAGGAGGCUGAGAACACACUUAGAGCCACGUAAUAAGAUCGGGGGAUAUCAGCCUGGUAAGAGUCAGAGCAGCUGCUGCAGAUGGGCAAUCCCUCACUUGGCCUCCCCACGUUGUCCGGCCAUCAGGUUCAGUCCUGUGACUUACCUACAUCUUCUCUACAAUAUUUUCAAGCUGUGAUCUGUAUAAUUUAACUUUCAAAAGUUCAGGUGGCUGCAGGGCACGCAGAAUAGAAAGUGCUUUGUGUCCCUGCUGCCGUUUUAAAUCCAGCUGAUGUUGGUAGUGACUGACUGUUCCCAACUGACAGCGAUUCAGAGCUGAACCUGCAUUUGGAACAAGCUGGGAUCUUGCUGAAAAGCAUAGCGGGGCCGGCUGGGGGGAGGGCACAGAGCCAGGCUUGCAGCCCUCUGCGAGAUCAAGGUUGAAAUAAAUUGACAGAACGGGUCUCCUCGCUUGUCCUGCUCUUGUUUUGUGACAGCUAGGUGAUUUUGUGUUCCAGGGCAGGCUGUCCCAUGCCUCUGCGCAGUAGUAAUGUCACUUAAAAGUGUGAUGCCUGUUUUGGUAAAUGAUUCUAAGCGGGCUGGGCUUCGAGCAGGGUCCUGCUGCUGCCUUUGGGUGACUCAACCUUAAUGAUGUAUUUGCAAGAGCAGCUUUUAUUUGCUGCUGACUUCAUAUCUCCUGUAGAACCUAAUGUAUAAAGAGAAGGACAGCUGAAAAGGUGCAUUUUAUUUGGGUGGAAGGUAGCAUGUGAGGUAGACAGAGUGAUGCACCUUUAAAACUAACGAAAAUUAGCAGCCCUUCAACUUAGUAUUUAAACUUUAUAAAAUUCUCCUCUUCGAUUCGUGCCUGCCGAUUCAGCCAUACCAGCAUCCAGGUGACUCUGGAGAUCAGUGACACCGAAUGCCGUUCUUUCUCUACCGGAAAUAUUUUGGGGAUGGGAGAAGCCAAGGAGCUGUAAUUUAGGAGACUUCUAAUUUUUGUCCAAUUUUGGGCUCCAGGUUUCCCCUGGGAGCUGAGCCUGUAGCCAGGACCGCAGUCGGAACACCUGGGGUCUUCCGAUGGAGCUGUGGCUGACGGCCAGCCUGGUCUCCUCCAGUGAUAGUGACAUUCUCAGAGAUGAGCAUUAGUCCUAUCAUGGGUGAGAUUCAUGCUCAGAGCUUCGAUGUCUUCAGUGGAAGGUCCUAAAGAGGAGCUAAGUAUCUUAAUUUUAAUCAUCGUCACUCAAAGGAUAUUUUAAUAUAAAAUACAUACGUAUGUAUGUAUGUACACAUAUAUAUAUAUUUGUAACCAAAUAAAAGCUAGAACUAUGCAAACGCUACUGGCUGCUGCUUGAAACUAAUAUCCGCCAGAACAUUUUGGAAUAGAGUAGAUUCGGAGUAGGCUUGUUGUUUUCUUGUUUUUAAAUAAAAUGCAGCAGACCAAAGUUUUGCUGCGGUUAGUCUUACUAGAAACUUAGGUUAUUCCUAACCUGGAACCCACUCAGGCGGGUUAUAAAAAUUAUCUGAAGAGUCCUGCCAUCUCUAAAAUAUUUCCAUCUGCCUUGGUAUUAUUGCUGAAAGGCCUUCUUUUGCGAAACAUGGGAAAACACAGAGGCUGGGACUAGGAGAGAUUGAAUGUGAUGUUAGGAAUGAUAGAAGAGAAGCAGAUUCAGGAAGGGGCUGGGAGCAUUUUCUUUUGGACGUAGGAUUGAGUCGGCUUCAAGGAAUCUUCAUGCUUGUGCAAAUGUCGGUCGCUGAGAUGGAGGCAGUGAUCAAAGCAUCCCCAGGGGGAAUUCUGGUCCUGGUGGAGGUGUCAGAAAUCUUCCCGCUGAAUCUGAUGGUACCAGAGUUGAGUCUGCUGGGAGGAAUUUCAUGUGGCUUCUAACGCUUCUUGGUGUCAGAUCUGGUCUUUGCUUUUAGGAUUAACUACCAUAUAUCCAGCUGUAAUCUUCAGUGACCUUUGACUUUUUAUUCCUCGUGACUGUAGAAAAUUCAGGUUUCCUAUAACAUUACCUUCAUCCCAACUGUGAACAAGUUACUACUGCUUCUUAUAAUUUAUUAUCUUUCUGUUCUUGAACAUCUGUAUGAUCCAGCUGUUCACCAGCACCACCUUCCAGUGCUUCAUUAGCUUUUAUGCACAGGGAAUUGUUGCAAUGGAUAAGCUGACCACGCUAGUUGGAAGAGUAGAAGCCUUUGGAGAAUGACUUUUGCUUCCUCUAGCUGUCAUUAGGGAGUGCACACACACAUACCUGUAUAUACAUAUAUAUGUAUACAUAUAUAAAGUGUUUCAGUAUAAACUCAUUUAGCAUUAUUCUUAUUUAAUUUAUAUUUUAAUCCAGAUGUAAACCAAAGUAUUACAGCUUGUGAAAUUAUGCGUCUUGGAAAUAGGAGGAACCUUCAUAGAUGGGAGCUCUGAAAGCUCUUUGCUGACAAAACCACGAAUAAGACUUAAGAACUUGUGCUGCUGAAUCCUAGAGAUUUGCAGCCUCAGAAGGAUUUAAGACUUACUGGGUAGAGUUUGACGGUGGGGAGGCAGUGUGGGUUACCGUUUGAAAACGCUGUUGUUAUUUUUCUCCUGCAGUGUAACUUGGUAUGGGAGGAAUUGCUGCAAGAGCAGUAUGGCGGGGCAUCUGGUGGAGAUGAGGCGUGUGGUUAAAGCGUAGUUUAAGCUAAAAGAGUGAUGUCAUGUAGUGCUGUUUGCUUCUGGUGUCUUCCAUUCACAGGUCUGGAUUGAGGCGUGCUGUGUUCAGCUCAGGGCAUCUCGGUACCACCUCGCCAAACGACCCUGCAGGGAGCUGGUCAGUUGAUGGUUUCAGUAAGCACAUUAAAAACGCGUCUCAGCAGUGUUUCUGCUGCUGGACUUCUCCAGCAGAAUCACUUUGGAGUCUCUGCCAUCUCGCUGUGCCUGCUGGUCACAAAACCUGGCAGUUCUGCCCUGCCUCUUUGAAUUGGGGUACUUUAAGGAAGCACUAGGACUUGCCUACUAGAAUGCCUCAAAGAAAUCCCCUGCAAGGGACAAUGAGGCAGGAGCUUAGGUGCGGGUUUGCUGUGUAUGCUGUAACAGGGAUCUAAAGUGAUUCCGUACGGUCCUCUGCCUGGCCCCUUCCUUAUAAAUGCAGGGUUUGGAUGAAUUUUUGUAAACACACAUAGAAAACAUGGGACAGGCUGCUCAGUGCUGGCACUGCGUCUGCCCGCGUCCCCUUUGGCUUGCUGUUUCUUGCUGUGGUAUCCAAUAAAGGCUGGAGCUGCGAGGGGUUUGCUGAGAUGAAGUCCAGCUGCCAUCAGACCAGGAGCUCCUGGGCUUUGGCUCGUGGGCGCUGUCAGAGCGGUUAAAGCAACCCUUGAGGCGGGGUUCAGGGCCUUCUAAGGAAAGCUUGGAGAUUGUGGUGUUUUUCAUGAAACUUAACGGUUUUGUAGGAAAACAAGUAUGUUCUGGCAAGCCUAGAAAUAGAAAGGGAGAAAACAGCAGAUGGGACUGUAGUCUGGCACAACUGGGAGCUAAGAGAGAGGAAGCCACAAAAACAGCUACUGAUGUAUUUAGUGUCCAAUUUAUAGUUUAGAAAACCAGCUGUUGCUAUUUACUGAUGUCUAGAGGUGACUGGGGUUUGUUUUAGUGACUUCUGUGGAGAUGCAUGUUCUACUGUCACCAAUGGGCAGAAAAGAUGAGUUCAAAGAUAAGAUCUUACUGAUUCUUCUGUGCUGGGAGUAAUUGCCUUUCCAAGGAAUUCUCCGGAAUCUGAGAACAGAUUCACUUCUAACAAUCCCCCACAGGCUUGGCAGCGGCUCUGCUUCCUCUUGUUCUUCUGCUCAGCCCGCAGGAUAGAGUCUCUUUUUGCGGAAGGUUUCCCUGCAUCCCUUAUAUUGAGCACGGUGAUGGUCCACCUACUUUUGUUGAUCAAGUAAAUUCAUUUCAUACUCCCCAGCAGGAUUAGUGCAUACUCCCAGCUCAUGGUGCAUCAAGCACUCUGCCAGCCACACGCAGUACAAUUUUUAGCUACUAGAUCUGGCAAAUAUAAAAAGACUGUAAGCUAAUCUACUUCUAAUUGUAGUCACCAGAUACUGUGGGUUGAGUACAAGACCCCUUCUGUGCUGCAUGCUGUAGUAGCCUGUAGGAACAUCACCCAUCACAUCUAAUUCCUUUUGAUCGAGGCAUCCUGUAAGCAACCUCAGUGCAAAGGUGCUUCUCAGGGUGGCUGACAGGAGAAACUGGUCUGAGAGCAGCAGCAGAUCCUGUCUGGCUGCUGUGUCAAAUAGCGGUUGCUGUGAUGAACCAGGCAAAAGAAGAAGGGAGAGCAGGCUCAGGAGGAGGGAGGUACCUUAGACCAAGUGCUGGCUGAAAAGAGUUAUUUGAGUGAGACAGUGAUCUGUAUGUGGACUUUGUCAUUUUUAUUCAAAGAACUUUUAAUAACUUUUUUUUUCUCCACCAAAAAUUUCCCAAGUUGAUUAUUAAGUGUCAGUAUGCUGCAUCCAGUGACUCCUCGGUGUCUAGUUGGUGAUGAUACAUAAGCUGGAGCUUUGGGUGAGGGGGUUGUGAAUGCAUGCUGCUAGCUCUCUUUCCCUAUAAUCAUUCCGAUGGCUUUGGGACAUGGACCAAAAAUGCUUCUUUUUGUUGGAAAGCUUUAAUUUUUUUAAUGGAAAUGUUGAAAAAUCUUAGCUCCCCCCUCCCUCCCAUUAUUUUUAUGUUCAGUUCAGUUAAAUUCUUAUCUGGUAUCAGUUUGUGAUCUAAGAACAGUUUCUAUAAUAACCAUCGAGUAGAACUUUGCAGAUCACAGAAGGUUUAAAAGCUGUGGCUGUAGGAGGUGAUGUUGUUAACGCAGUUUUUGUGCUGCCGUAGAGACUGGGAGGAAUGAGGAAGGGUCUCGGUGGAGAGCCAGUCUCUGUCGCGGUGUGACUCAAGUCGCUGGGCACUGGUGUCUGCUUGCAGGAGUCUUUGAGGUUAGAGGUGCAGAUGGGCUUUUCUUCAAAGAUUUUCCCCAUCGUUUCCCAUUGCAUGAGUGCCUCAGCUCUCUGCUUCAGGAGUGAACAACAGGCUCUGCUGCCUUCAGCCUCAGGAACGCGGUCAGCAUUGAGGCUGUCUGAUGGGAGCCCGUGGGGGGGGGUUAGGAGGGCAGCUGUGCACCUUCAGAACCAAAAAGUUGAACUUGUCAAAAGCUUUUGUGAAUGAGGAGUUAAACCUGCGUUCGGCAGGGUGGUGGAGCAGGCUGGGGGCUUUGGCUGUUAACAUGUAUUCAGUUCCUUGUUUUUCUGCAGGGUCAGAUGGGCCAUUUCAGAAUCUGGGCAAGGAAAAGUCGUAGCAAUUGAACCCUGUGUUCUUAUUCCGGGUUUCCAUUGAGAACCACACCAGGUAUGUCAGUGCCAUCGGUGGGGUGGAGGGGGAGUUGUGCAGCAUCAUGUUAGGCGGCUGGGAGGGUGUAUGGGUGACGCUGGGGGGUGCUGGGAGCCCCGUGCCAGAGAUCCCCCGGUGAACGGACACCCGUUGGGACCAACGGGAUGGGGAAGUGUUCCUAAAAAGUGGUCUGAGCUGUGCUGGUAAAGUUUGUGGGUUAGUAGUUUUCUGGUGAGCUGGCAGUGAGUGUCGGGAGAGGAAGGGGAUACAUUUCACCUUAAGCUCUGUGCGCGGUGCUGCUGCAGAGCCCCAGGGCUGCGCUGUACCAGAGCCCUGCACGAGCUCCCCCAGCUCAUCCCUUACUGCUGCACGCAGUGUCAGUGGGGCGAGCCGAGCAUGUGGUGCAGGAAGGGAGGCAGAGCGAGGUGGGGGUUGUGCCUCAGCUAGAGCCCAGGCCUUUUAGCCCUGGGGACAGAGAGCUCAAGACCUGCUGUGUGUCAGCGAGGGACACCUUUGCUAGAGGGAAGCUGUCACAUCUGCUAGAACAAAACUGCGUGUAGGGUCUAGGGUAAUUCUUGCUAGGAAACCUGUUACAUUACUGGUUAUAUUCCAGCAGCAGAAUAAUCCACAAAAUACUUCUUUUGAUUAAGAAAAAUAGUGUUAAUUCUAAUCUGGUGAUGGUGACCGGCUUACAUCAUGUAGCAUGUGAUCCACAUCACACCUUACAAAGCUGGUUUGAUUUUCCCACCUUAGAAGUGGUGGCAAAGCUCCCUGCAGCCGCAGAGUCGUUGCAGUCUGUAAAUGGGAAGAGGCCCUUUCCCUGCGUGCUGCUGAGCGCUGUAAAGGAUUCAGCCCUCGCAGUGAUUGAAAACAGCAGCACUCCAGCCACGCAGAUAGUUUGCCUACGUUAGCCAGAGUUUUUUUAGAUAGCCAGGGACACGCCAUCUGGUUCUUCCUUAGCCUGAGCCAUUUGUUGUAGCAGGGAAGAGAUCUGCAACGUGCAAACAGCAAUAGCAAGGAAAGGAGGUUGGCUUAGCAGGGAGGAGGGAGACACCUGGAAUAUGAAGAGUGCUCAUCUGUUUGCAGCGCUGGCUGGGGCUGUUGGCACUGGAAACCAGCUGGAGGUGGUGGGUAGAAUAGGUGAAACAACAGCGAAGUGUCGUUGGGAAGACGCAUGUGUGUGUCUAGUGCGUUGGGGGUGCUGCGGGCAGGGAAAUGCCAGUGUUAGAACGUGCACGUGUCUGGGAGCGCACAGGAAACCCUGCUGCCUUGGGCAACGGGUGUGCAAAGACACCCGUACCCUGUUCAGAAACAUUAGAGCUGAGCAUCACCGGUGUCUUCCAUCCUGGAUCCGCAAAUGGUACCGAAGGAAGGUGAAUCAGUCCCUAGCGGAGGUAAAUUCGCUGCGCAGAGUUCAGAAACUCCACUGGAAGGAGCUGAAGGGUGGCAGGUGGGCAGUACAGAUUUCUAAGUGCCAUUUUCUGAAUGUUAGGUUUUCUGUCAGGUAUUUAAGCUGUUGAAGACUGAAGUUGGCUUUUGUUUCAGUACUCUCUCCUUCACCCAUGUCACUUCUUCUAUUGAAACUCAGCAGCCAAGGGGAGGGUGCAGAGAAGACAGAGCCAAGCUCUUCAGAGGCACAUGGUGGAAGGAGGAGCAGCAGUAGGCAGAAGCUUAUACAAGGGAGAUUCAGGUUAGGUAUUACAAGAUUUUUUUUUUUCAGACUGUAGCCAAACAGUAUUGGAACAGGUUUGUCCAGAGAGGCUGUGAAGUCUCCAUCCUGGGAAAUAAGCCAGACUUGCUGGGGCAAGACCCUGAGCGCCCUGCUGGACGUUAGUCCUGCUCUGAGGGGGGAGGCAAGGCUGGGACCCAGAGGCCUCCCUCCCACCCUCCAUUCCUCCCCUGGGCUAUGAAAUACUGCCCCACGGCAUAACACAAAACAAGGGGUAGAGAGUUGUAUCCUGCCAGUGCAUUUCCAGUUGCGAUAUUUUCAUUUGUCCAUGAUGAACCCAUGCAAUAGUAUCUUCUCUGCCACAGUCUACAGAGAAGUCCAGCUGCUCCCCAUACGUGAGUGCAGCCUCCAGGUUCCCGUUUCCAUUAGACUAUGCCAAGCUGUAUUUUUGUUACCUUUUUUUUUUUAGUAUUAUCAUGUAAAGAUGGGCAGCUUCAAUGGGCUUCCUAGUUCGUAUCAGUUAAGCUUUUGAAACAUAUUCAGGUAUCUUUUAAAUACUGCUGUGUAAGUUCCUUAUUUAAUCUGACAUAUUCUGAUUUAUUAUUUUACUGCAGUUAUCUAAGGCAGUACUUUAAAAAAAAAUCAGUGCAUUAAUGUUUUGCAGACUGUCAGUUAUGUUAAGCCUCCAGCUUUAUUUAGUUUUUGUCAAUGUACUUAACCCCCUCCCCCCCAGAUCUAUGGUUAAAUGUCUUCAUUAUGUUUAUAUUGCAGUGAAGCUCAUUUAUUUAAACCUUCCCGUUACCUUUGCAGUCAGACCCAAUACCAUUGGCUGUGAAACUGUCAAACGAAUUAGAAAUGAAAACCGAGACUAGACUGGUUCGUUUUACUGCUGGUUGUAAAAUAACACAAAAAUAGCAGCAUAAAAGAGAAAAAUGCAAUUCAAAUUACUCAGUCUGGGGCAGGGGCAGGAAUUACAAAACUACGGCUGAGAAACUUCUUGGAAAAUGGGUUUUAACCUGAUGAUGUUGCUUCAAUGGUUCCCCAUUUGGUCAGGUUUAAAAGCUGUUUCUUGAGACCGAGAGGUUUGUCCGGGGUCUGUUUGUUCAUCUACGUGUCUAGGGCAUUGGUCUGAUACGGGAGCUUGCACUCCUGGGAUGUUACUUUCUUAGGGUUUACGUGUCUAAGGAAACUCUGUGGAUUACUGUGAAGCUUUUAUCUAAUACUUCAUCGCAUGUCAGUUGGUAACUGAACACAACUCCUGGCUGGAAGAGGUGAGGGCUGGCAGGGAGGAGGAAGGUGCCGCUUCAUGGCGGAGGCCGGCAGCUGGGAGUUACCCUAAGAGGAGGUGAGCAGUGCGAUGCUCCCACUGACACCUUUGAUUUUGGCAAGAGGCGUGAAGCCCCGUCACCCCUGCGGCUGUCCCCUGCCCGCGGGGGGCUUUUGAGCGGCUGCACUCAUGCCAGAGUCAAGGUGAAUCAGGCCUAAGCUUGCCCCGUACAGCCACGGGGACGCGUGUUUGCACGGGCUGCCAUCGGUGGGUGCGUUUACAGGCCGAGGGCCAGCAGGCUCCCCGAUGGCGAUGUCGCAGGGGGCACAAAGGUACUUUUCUCACAUGUUAGAAGGUUUCCCAAGCCAGGGUUGUGCUGUUGGGGGAAGCAGCCCGUGCGGAGUGCGGGUGAAUUUGGGACGGAGAGCAGAAUGUUGGCAUACCCUUUGCUUAUGGCUAAUUCCUUUUGGCUCCCCUAAAGUGCUUGCCCAGGCAGGAAGCUUGAUGUGUGACAGCUUGCAGGGCCACGUUGUCACCGGGCACGUGACUGUGAGAAAUAUUUUUGAAGUGAAAAGGGAGUUUUGUCAUUCAAAUAAUGCAUGUUUCUUUUGUGUUUGUAAAAUUGCUGCGAGCGUGAUCCUUCUUGGUGGCAAAACAGGGACUUUUCUGAACAAGCUCUUUCAGAAGCCCAGAGAGGAAGACAGUAGUAUGGGGCUGGCUGUUCUUGUGGUAACGUAGCCCUCGCCUCGUGCCCCACGCUUACCCGAGGGUUAGCGCAGGACGAGGGGAGACUGUAUCCGAGGUUAGUUCACAGAAAUGGAAGCGCUGCGUUUGGCUGAAAAGGGAAAGGAACAAAUGGGGGCUGCCCCUGAGCCUCUGGUCCCUUAAACACUAGCUGAAUCCCGUGAGCUGUGCCCUGCUUGUCUCUGAAUCUGCCCUCUGCCCCCUCCUUUCCACAGCGUCACCCCCCACCUUUCCUGGACAACACUGUGAAUACGACACCGGUAGCUCUUUGUAACGUUUCCUUUAAAACUGCUCGGAGCACGAAAUGCUGUGCGGUGUGAAAUGCUGUGCGGUGUGAGGGAGAGCCCUGCUCAGCUGGGCGCUGACCCCAAGCAGGGCACCGAGGGUUGAGCACUUCCCUGCAGAGCAGCGGAAGGGUAUCCUGACGGGAGUUCACAAUGUCAGCGGCUUUGUGUAGCAAUUUGCUAAUCAAAUUUGAUUUCGUAACGAACUAAACUGACAAUCAAUUUCUAAAAAACUAAAAGCCUCUUAGAGGGAAUAGUCAAGUAUGUCUUCAACAGAAAGAUUUAACUGGGAUAACUUUUAAGAAAGAGCACAGGAUUUUUUUUCCUUUUUUUUUUUUUUUUUUUUUUUUUGAGCAAUCACUCCAGAAACUGAGUUGCGUUAAGCAGCAGAAGAUUCACAGGACAGUAACUACCUCUCUCUCUCAGAGUGCUGAGGUUACCACGCUACACACUCUAUAUCAGCAAAGCUUUCACUUAAAAGAGAUUUCUUUUCCUUACCUCUGUGUUUCAGAAAUGCAGGUCUGCUCUGUAAAGUGACUCUAUGAAAAUGGCAUCUGGCAGGAGCAGGGGGAAGCCGCCUGGGGUCUGUUGUCCCUCUUUGCUGCCAGUUUCUUGCUGUGACCCUCGCAGGUUUGCCCUGGGGUUGGGACAGUGCGGGGUGCGUUCGGUACUUCGUGUAUUCUGUGGAAUAGUGAACUGUCCCGCGGGCCAAGGGCUGCUGCGAGGCUGCGGCUCCGCUCCCUGCGCCAGGAAAUUAGUGGGAUGGAAGGUAAGAGGAGAGUCCACCUCCCUCCUGCCUCCAAAGGAGCAGGCAGCAUUUUAAAAAAAAAAAAAAAAAAAAAGCAAUAAGAUAAAAUACAAAACACUUUUAUAUAUUGUUCAUUAGUCAGCAGAUCUGACUGCAAAUUUAUAUAUAUAUACAAACACAUACAGAGAGCAGAUCUCUCAUGUGAAAAGGUGCCAUUUUUUUUCUAAACAAGAGUCCCUUUCCAAACUAGAACAGCACUUUAAAUAGGUUCCUCUUUUAAAAAAAAAAAAAAAAGAAAAAAAGAAAAAAAAAAAAAAAAAAAGAAAAAAAGAAAAACCCUUUACUGAAGAAAUGCACUUUAAAUCGUAAGAUGAGUAUGGCUGUUGCUGGCUUUUGACACAGCCGUACAGGCAGGCAGCUUCUUGUCAGCCAGAGCCCGGGAGGGAGCGAUGUUGCCAGACCCUCGCUGCCAUCGGCGGCCCACAAACUACCGCAGCUCUACCUCCCGCUCCCGCAGCCCUCCCGGCCUGGCGCUGCCCCUGCCCACACUACAGACAGGAGUUCCCGCCGCAACCGCAAACCUGGUUGCAGCUCAGCCGUGCUGUAGCACUAACAGGGCCGGCAUGCAGCGGCCUGUUAGAAUACUUUUUGUAAUCGGUCAAGAAAAACCCAUCCUUGCCUGUAAAGAAUAUUUAAACCCCAUUUAUAAUAGGUCAGAAGUUACACCCAGUUGCAACACAGCAGAUGGGCCGUCUGCCUGCACAGGGCUGAGCUAAGUCCCACGAGCAAAGCCACAACAAAGUUGUUACUGGGGUUGUGGGUUUUUUUCCAUAACAUGGAUAUGGAGCCCUAGUCAGUUCAGUAUUUUUAUUUUUUUUUUUAAAUCCAAGUUUGUGCAUCCCACAUUGAUUCCGCUCUGAGCUGGUUUGAAGAAUAACCAUUUGGAAGAAAAGUUGUGCUGUCACCUUCAACUGUUGACCUAUAAGUCAUGCUUUUUAGGACAGGUGUCCUAACACUCAAAGACUUACUUUCACAGUUAAGAUUUCCUGCUGUACUAAUUCUUCUUUUUUUUUUUUUUUUUUUUUUUUUUUUAAUUUUUGGUCGCAGACCUUAUUUCAAGAAGAAAAAAAACAAAGUCAGUGUUCACACUAGUCUGCAGUAGGUUGAAGUGUAAGCCUGCUGUAACUUGUGGAUAUCAGACUGUUCUAUGAUUUUAGAAGCUGGUCCCAAGCUGGUCCUCAAUCAUCGCUUUCCUCUUCCUCUCCCAGCGGAGCGGGCAGGCAGCAGCCCUCUGGAGGGGCUGGUGGCCCCGUGGCCAGUGGCAUACAGGGGUGGCCAGUGCUGCUGGAGGAGGGACAGGCAAGGUGGUAAGAGAACCAGAGUGGGGGAAGGGGGAAAUAAAACCAAGGUAGAGGGGACUGUACAAUUGCAUUGAAAGCAGUUUAGCAAAAAGUGCGCUCGUUGGACAGCUUUAAGAACAAUGUGAAUGAAAACUUAGCAACUUGGGUAGGAAUCUUUGAAAAUUCUAUAAAUGUAUACUUGAAAUUCUGUUUGUAUUAAAAAAAAAUCGCAUUUUCUUCUUUCUUUUAACACUGUGUAAAAGAACAUUAUGCAUGUGAGUGGUUUGAGAAUUAAAUGGUUUAAUACUCA